AUGAGCAGCGCAAUGUCACACUGCAUACAAACCGUGUUGGGCGGUGUGGAGGUUCACCAGUUGACAGGGCCGAUUCUGCCGCACGAACACAUUGUGGUGGACUUCUCUCGUGGUAUAGUGGCUCCUCCUAGAGGUCUGGAGUGGCUCAUCCAGGCCAGACUCAAUCUGGGCAACCUCGGCAAGAUCAGACAAUAUCCCUACAGUGUCCAGAGGAACCUGGUCAUGGAUGAUGUGCAGGAGAUGGCGAGUGAACUGGAGAUGUUCAGGGCCGCAGGAGGAGCCACGAUCUGUGAGCUCUCCUGUGUCGGGGUGAGCGUAGGGGUGGAAGGGACGGGGGUGAGGUGUGGGGCGGCGUACAUCGGCUGCUCGUGGCCACUCCACCCCACCGAGGAGAAGGCACUCAGAGCUGCCUCCGCACUACAGAGGACACUGGGUCGCCACGAACAAUGUCCCUUCCAAAUUCUGGAUAUUCUGGAAUCAUCCGGUGCCGACAUCACCAGAGUGUGUAUCACUCAUAACGACAGGACCUUCCCCCCACAAUCACCUCGGCUACUGGACCUAGUGUCUCGCGGGUGCUACCUCAAUAUCUCUCUCUUUGGCAAAGAGUGCUCUCACUAUCAGUACGAUUCUAGUGCCGACAUGCCCAGCGACGCGCAGAGAAUUGAGAUGGUGAAACGUCUACUGGACGCAGGUCACAGGGAUAGGAUACUCGUCUCCCAUGAUGUCGUCUGUAGACACGAGCUGCGGAGGUACGGAGGUCAUGGGUACACCCACCUCUUGGAGCACGUGGUGCCCAAGAUGAUGGACAGGGGAAUAGACCAAGGAACUAUCGCGUCUAUCACCACCAACAACCCUCGCCACUGGCUGACUCCACUUUCAGUGUCUUAG